AUGAUAAAUGGCAUGCAUUACUGUAAACAGGUUCAGAAGAGUGAUAAAUGUCGGGAUUGCUGUAAACAGGUUCAGAAGAAUGAUAAAUGUCGGGAUUGCUGUAAACAGGUUCAGAAGAAUGAUAAAUGUCGGGAUUGCUGUAAACAGGUUCAGAAGAAUGAUAAAUGUCGGGAUUGCUGUAAACAGGUUCAAGAGAAUGAUAAAUAUCGAGUAUUACUAUUAACAGGUUCAAGAUUGAUAGAUGUCGGAUACUGCUGUAAACAGGUGAAGAUAACGAACAGUGCUCAAUCUCAUAACUCCUCUAAAGAUUACAACAUUAAGAGGAACAGUGCUCAAUCUCAUAACUCCUCUAAAGAUUACAGCAUUAAGAGGAACAGUGCUCAAUCUCAUAACUCCUCUAAAGAUUACAACAUUAAGAGGAACAGUGCUCAAUCUCAUAACUCCUCUAAAGAUUACAACAUUAAGAGGAACAGUGCUCAAUCUCAUAACUCCUCUAAAGAUUACAACAUUAAGAGGAACAGUGCUCAAUCUCAUAACUCCUCUAAAGAUUACAACAUUAAGAGGAACAGUGCUCAAUCUCAUAACUCCUCUAAAGAUUACAACAUUAAGAGGAACAGUGCUCAAUCUCAUAACUCCUCUAAAGAUUACAACAUUAAGAGGAACAGUGCUCAAUCUCAUAACUCCUCUAAAGAUUACAACAUUAAGAGGAACAGUGCACAAUCUCAUAACUCCUCUAAAGAUUACAACAUUAAGAGGAACAGUGCUCAAUCUCAUAACUCCUCUAAAGAUUACAACAUUAAGAGGAACAGUGCUCAAUCUCAUAACUCCUCUAAAGAUUACAACAUUAAGAGGAACAGUGCUCAAUCUCAUAACUCCUCUAAAGAUUACCAACAUUAA